AUGGCGGCCGAGCGGUGCGCGGCGGGACCCCGGGACGACGCCGGGAGCCGGGGAGAUGCCGGGGCUGAUCCCACAGGUGAUCCCGGGGCAGGCACCGGCGCUGAACCAGCCCCGCCUCAGAGCGCCGGGGCGGAGGAAGUGAUGGCUCGGCGGCGGAAGGGCCGGGCCGGGGCCGUGCGGUGCGGUCCGGCGGCAGCGGGAUGGGCGAUGUGGCGGCGCGGCGCGGCCUGGGCGUGGGGCCGGCGGGGCGCGGGCACGGCAGUCCCGGGCACGGCAGUCCCGGGCCCCUCAGCGGGCGCGCCCCUCAGCGCCGCUGCCCAUAAACAUCUGAUAAAAAAAGAUGCUGGAAAGAGAAUUAUCUGUAUUGAGGGCAACAUUGCCAGUGGAAAAACAACAUGCCUGGAUUAUUUUGCACAAACUACCAGCAUUGAGGUUUUGAAGGAACCGUUGGCCAAGUGGAGAAAUGUUCGGGGUCAUAAUAUCCUGGGCUUAAUGUACCAGGAUGCAUCGAGGUGGGGGAUCACUCUGCAGACCUACGUGCAGCUGACCAUGCUGGAGCAGCACACCAGGCCCAUGAUUUCCCCCAUAAGGAUGAUGGAGCGGUCGAUUCACAGUGCAAAACAUGUUUUUGUGGAAAACCUCUAUCGAAGUGGAAAAAUGCCAGAGGUGGAUUAUGCUGUCCUAAGUGAGUGGUUUGACUGGAUCCAGAACAACACUGAUGUUUCAGUUGAUUUGAUAGUUUAUUUGCAGACAUCUCCUAAAGUUUGUUAUGAGAGGCUAAAGACACGGUGCAGGGAAGAGGAAAAAGUCAUUCCUCUGCUCUGCUGAAGAGGAGGGGAGCAGUUACCAUUGAGCAAUGUGAAGUGGUCUCCAUGAAGAAAAAAGCCAGUUCAUGACAGGCAGAAGAGCUUUUAGAUGAAAUUGAGUUACAAGAAAGUGAACUGGGAAUUCUAGGGAAAUGUACUGACACAGAAAGUGCCUCCCAUUCUUAUUCUUUGCAGCCUUGCCCUUUUUGUCCUUACUUUGUUGUAUUUUUCUCUGUAAAAUCUUGAACCACAUUUUACCUGUGGGAGAGAAUCAUGGUUGCUUGAUCUUAAAAGGAGCUUAGAGACCUGUUCUUCUGUAAGCUGUGUCUUUGAGGUCUUCCUGGAGUUAAAACUUUGUACUGGGAAUUAAUUUUUCUCAAAAACCUUCUUAUGCUUUUUAUAUUUUGUUAGUGGAAGAUAUGUGUUGCAGGCUUUUAUAUGUGUCUCUUAACUACUGCCCAAAUGGAUAAAUAUUGCAAUGUGUGUGUCAUCCCUGGGCAUUUGUGUUAUUCUAGUGCCUUUUUUCUAGGAAUAUUUAGAAGCUAUUCAUGAGCUCUAUGAAGAGUGGCUCAUUAAACGUGCACUGUUUGAAGUUUCCUGCCCAGUA